UGAUGGUUAUUCUUAAACUAGCAAGUGAGAUUAUUGAAGAUGGAAAUCUAAACAAAUUGAAUUCACUCUUGUCUAUGCCAUUGACACAAGAGUUAGUUUAAACUCUAAGAAGGAUUUUUUUAUAUUUGCAAGAUAAAAAGUUAUUUGUGAUUUCAUAUGGAUCUGAAUGGAAUUAAUGGAACUUAAAAAAAAAUAAUAAUAAUAGAUAAAAUGAAAGUAAUUAAAUAGACAAUUUUUUGAAUGUGAAAUGGAGUGUCUUCUUAAGAUUGUUAUUCUAACAUUCAUUUUAUAAUGAUUUAUUAUUAAGCAUUGAAUAAACAAUUAAUUGUCCACCAUAUGUAAGACUAGUAGAAACAUCAGUUGAAAAAGGAUUUGAAAUUCCUAUUCAUUCUAAUUACUUUGAAGUAUUACAAUAUCUCACAUUUGAUUUUGAGAAAUUUAUCAUAUUAUUAAAAAGAUUUCCAGAAAUUGAAUAAACAGAUAAGGCUCAAUUUACUAUUUUUGUUUAAAAACAAUUAUCAAAGAUUACCAAUAAUUAAGAAAGACUUUCAUUUUCAAAAUUGAUAAAUACUCAUUUGGUUGAUAAAGUGGAUAAUCCAUUAAUUUUAGCUGAUUUCUUAUAACAUAGUAUAGAUAAUGGAAGUUUAGAAUUAAAAAUUAAUUCUCUUUAAUCUUUAUUGAUUUUAAUUACUAGAUUUAAUUAUAAUUUAGAAAAUUUCUAUGAAAGAGUAAAACUAUUCUCAUAUUCAAAUAGUUGAUACAAAUUAUUGAUACUGAAGGAGCAUUCGAAUGUUCAUCAAAAUCAAAAUUAUUUAAAUUAAUUGAUGUAGCAACUAAGUCAUCAAAAGUUCCCUUAUAAACAUUAGCUAGAAUAAUUUAAUCUGUACUUAGAGCUUUUCUUAAAGAAUCAUGUUCUUUAUAAUUGUCAGCUACUCAAUUAAUUUUUAACAUCUUCAAAAAGCAUGUUACACUAAAACAAUUUUUAUAAUAAGGUGAUACCUAACUAGUAGAAUUAGCAUCUUAUUAAAAGUAUUUUUUUUGACUUAAUUUAGCCAUUGGCAUCCAGAGAUUAAAAGAAUAAUAUCUUAUUUAGAAGAUGAUCUAAGUAUUUUUGAUUAUUUUAACCUUAAUGAUGUAAUCGAAUUGUAGGACCAAUAACUGUUAGAAGCGUAAUUUUGAC